AUGUCCACUGAAAAGGAAGGUAAAUACCUUAACGUCUCUGAUGGCGAACAACCGAACAGCCAAACCGAUAAAGUUGAAUAUUUGGUCUCAGAAAAGAAUGAGGUUAUAGAUGGUUUGACAGGGGCUGACUCAAACUUGACAUCGCUUGAAGACAAGCCAAAGGACCAUUACGUCAACUUACCAGAAUCAUUGCAACAUAUGACCCAGGAAGAAUUGAAGGAAUUGGAUAGGAAAACAACAAGAAAAAUUGACUUGAGAUUGAUUCCAAUGUUGUUGUUUAUCUACAUUUUGAAUUUCCUUGACAGAAACAACAUUGCGAAUGCCAGAUUGGAUGGUUUGGAAGCUGACUUGGGUUUAGUGGGCAAUCAAUAUCAAGUUUGUAUUUCGAUUUUGUUUGUUGGAUAUAUUUUGUUCCAAGUUCCCGCAAAUAUGAUUUUGAACAGGUUUGGCCGUCCUUCAAUCUUUUUGACGGUGGUGAUGACCGUUUGGGGUGCUAUUUCUACCGUGACUGGUGGUGUUCAAAACUAUGCUGGGUUGGCCUGUGCUCGUGUCUUUCUUGGUGUUGCUGAAUCCGCGUUUUUCUGCAGUUCGUUGAUGAUGUUGUCUAUGUGGUAUGACAAAAAGUCCUUGACCACGAGAAACACGCUUUUGUUUGCAGGAAGUCCACUUAGUUCGGCUUUUAGUGGUUUAUUGGCUGCUGGUAUAUUAAAGAUGCGUGGCUUGGGAGGUAUUGCAGGGUGGAGAUGGUUGUUUAUUCUUGAAGGUGGUAUCACUGUUUUAACUGUUCCAUUUGCUUAUUUUGUCUUGCCUGACAAGCCAGACAACACCAAAUUUUUGAGUCAAGAGGAGAGGGAUAUCAUUCAGUGGAAAUUGAGACAGGAUUUGGGCGACGUUGCUGAUUCUGAUGCGGAGGCACGUGUUACCACUUGGCAAGGUUUUAAAUUGGCCGUUAAGGAUGAGAAGAUGUGGAUGGUUACUGGUCAAUUGAGUCUUUUGGUUGCUUCUGCUGGUAUUCUCAAUUUUUUCCCAACCAUUGUUGCCACUUUGAAUUUUAAUACUACCCUCACUUUGGUUUUGACGGCACCGCCAUUUUUACUUGCGGUCCCCGUUUCUUACUACUGGUCCAGACAUGCUGAUAAAACUGGAGAAAGAACAUAUCACGUUCUUGUACCAUUAAUCUGUGCUACGGUGUCCUUCAUUAUCCCUGUUGCAACUACCAACUUUGGUGCCAGAUAUUUCAGUUACUGUAUUAUGAUUCCAGGGAUUAUUGGGGCUUAUGUGGUGAUUAUCACUUGGAUGCCAAACUCUGUUCCUAGACCUCCAGCAAAGAGAGCUGUUUCAAUUGCUUUGAUGAUUGGAUUGAGUAACUCACCUUACACAUGGACUGCAUUCUUGUACCCAACAUCUGAUGGACCUCGUUAUAUAAAAGGUAUGAGUUGUAACAUAGCCUUUAAUGUUGCGGCAAUAAUUUUGGUUUUCUUGUUGAGAAUUAGGUUGAAACAAUUGAACAAGAAGAUUGAAAAUGGUACCAUUGACUGGCAAAAGGAGUUGGGAGAAGGUAAUGAUGGGUCAAAGAUUUCUCCAGAUUUCAGAUACUUGUAUUAG